AUGAGGAUUGCCUUAGAGUUGGAGACCCAGCUCCACGUCAUCAUCUCCACGACGACUGCGCUCUCCGCGUGGCUCUUCGACCAUUGGAGUGACUCUCGGGGUGGUGAGGUCGGGGCUUGGGAACGCUAUCCAGCACCCGCUGAAAGCUGGUAUUCUGCAACGUUCCACCGCGCAGGGCACCAGAGCAUCAUUCAGGUGGAUGUGUUGGGAGGCGCCUUUCUGGUGAAUGGGCGGCCUGUUGGUCGCUUGCCAGAGCAGAUUUCAGAAAGCGAGUGCUAUGUCAGGUUGUUCCGGGAUAGCAUCUUCGAUGUGCAGCCAGCACAUGGUGGACGAGGCUACAAAACCAGAAUCAUGGGGGGCGCCUGCUUCGGGUUUGACUUGGAGGAAGAUGGCCAGGUCAUUAUUACAGAGGAGAGGGAAGUUGAGGGUCAGCUGGUGAAGGCCACCCUGGUUCCACACCAAAGCUUUCAAGGUGACCUGCCCAUCUCAUUCGUGGAAGAUUACAGCCAUUGGCUGGUGAGAGGCAAGGGUGGGAAAGCUUCCGUGUACUUCCGGCCUAUCCAGUUCGACCACCCGGACAAUCAGUAUGGUUGCUCAGUCCGCGGCGCACCUUAUGUGCUCCACGUCGACUCCAUGAUGGUCAUCCGGAGCCAGGACAGCUCCAAGUUGGUGGAUGUCCGAAGCGACACAUUUCACGCGAUUUCUUCGGUGCUCCGCCGCUUGGAAGACCCAGACCACAUUCACAUCUUUCGCAACGAUGCCAAAGCUCCUGAAGCCAUUUUGCCCAGGCGUUUGUUGGAAAGGGGUGCAUGGGGUGCUGGGCAGCUGCAAAAUUUGCAUUUCCAGAUCAUCGCGGGGCGAUCUGUCCGCAUCAUUUCCCGUGAGUUUGGCGGAGAAGUGGCAGCAGACCAAAACAUCGGCACCCUGGUGGGGCUUCAGCAUGGCUUGCUACUGGAAACGACCCACGAGAAGAAGUUGCUCCUGCCUCAUUCGGAGGUGCUGAGGGAGAUCCAUGGCAACCAUUGCCUCGUGAAGAUGAACCUAGGUCAUCUCCUGAAUCCACCGGUGUUUGUAUACUCUGUCCGCGAAGAUCUUCGAGAGUUGAGGGGCCAGAAAGAUCGCGUGGCCUGGCUCUACCUUGCUAAGUUGCAUGCGCUGACAUCCCAUGUGCUCCGAGAUCCGUUUACGUUGCGAACUGGAACAGAAACAUCUUUGGGUCUCCUUCGAUCGGCUCGAUGCAGAGGGAACUUGUCCAAUGGUGCUGACGUUCCUCGUUCCGAGGCAGAAAGAACCUUGCAGGAAAUUGCCAGGCUGUCCCCAGUGCGACAAAGCAAGAACGGCGCCGAGGUCGUCAAUUUCCAGCAGUUCUGUGCGCUCUGCGCACAUGAAGGCUUCGCUUUUCUUGCACGUGACGCCCUGCAGGAGAUUUCGGAGCAACAAGCCCUUUCAGGUUUGCAAAGUCACCACCAACCUCAAUAUUGUUUGGAGAGGUGCGGCAGCUUGGCCCAAAGGGCAUAUUUCCGCAGCAGUGAGAUCUUCGGCUUGCCCGGGCGUUUGGAAGCAGAGGAGGAGGCGGCGGCUGCGCAGCCAUGUCGGCCGUGGCAACCAGAACCUUGGCACGAGAGCUUAGGAGGUUGCCAAGAGGUCAGGGACGUUGCGUUCGUGAUUUUCGGCAAGACUUUGGCGCCGCCGCCUGAGAGAAGGCCUUGCUUGAAGAGUCUCCUGCUUACCAAUCAAAGUUUGCAAGGGUGCGGCAACGUGUCCUGUGAAGAGCAGAGUGUGGGCACGUGGGAGCUUAUGAGUGGGGAUGGUCUGCGACAUUGGUGGUUGACUUUCUUUCGGGCUGCAAAGCGAGGAAGCAAGGAGAAAUGCAGCUUCAUGCUGGCUUACUUUGCUUCCCGAUGGCCCCAUUGUGUGGCUCACCUACAAGUGUUGGCCAGCAUUUGUUUGCACAGCAACGACUUCCGAGCCUUGGAUCCUCCGGCUUAUUCAUUGUACAUACAGCCGAACGAGAGGGACUUGAAUGCCAACACAGUCCAGGGCAUCAUCCGGAGGCACCUGAGGCCCUUCAAAGAAGCUCGGCCCCAAAGACCCACCCAUCGUCAGCAAAUCCAAGCUGAUCAAGAAUAUAAGGCCAGGAAACAGGAACACAACCAUCUUUGUGCCGAAAGCCUCCAGCGGUUGCAGGGUGUAGUCAACCAGAGGUGGCUUCAGAAGCUACGAGCUGUGCAGGUCCAUGACUGUGAAGACCACAUGGUCCAGAACGCUUUGGCGCUUGCAGGGGAGUUGAAUGGAUGCUUUGAACGCUGGUGGCGGGCAGCUGAAUUGCAUGCGUUUCUGGAGCAGGUGGAGAACACAAUUCAGCAGUUCGGAGGCGCUUCCUUGCGGAACUUGCUGCCGUGGUCCAGUCGUGCUGUUUGGGGAAGCUGCCCGGCCGAAACUCGGACGCUGCCGCCACCCGCUUGCAGAGAUGCCUUUAACCUCUCCGAGCCUCUCCCUUCAGAGCUGGAAGAGCAUCCUUUGGAUGAUCUGUGGGAGGCAGGAGCACCGAAAGAACAGUUUGUGUUGAAGCCGACACCGGCCUUUCAACCACCCCCUCGGCGGUCAGCGGAACUGCAGUUGGCGAGAGACGAAGGCUGUUCUGCCAUCUACGCGGAGCUUAGCAAGCCACUGCACGAGAGUUGGCGCCUGGCGCAAGAGAUGAAGUUGCCUCAGAUCUCUGAUGGUUGUUUUCCGACCACAUUGAGCGACGACCUGCAAGCUGCGCUGGAAGCAAGGCAGAAGGAGACAGAUGGUGCCUGGCAGCGCGUGCUUGAAGCCAUGCAUGGCCAGGGACGGUUUGAUGCUUUGAUGAGGAGCUGUGGGUUACUUGAAGAACCAGCUCCGCUCUACGUCCUUUCCAGGCUUCUCAGGGAGGAAGGUCAGUUGACGCAG